UUGCUAAACCCUCUCAGCUGGCACAAAACCUUCACCGUGCUCUCUCUGUCUUCUCUGUCUCUCUGUCUCUGUGUGUACAAUGCUCACCCGCUUCAUUACCAGAUCCUCGCAGUGUCGUCUCCUAACCCUAAUAUCUUCCCCAAAUCACAUCUCAAACCCCAAACAUCACCACCAUCUCCAUACUUUGCUCUCUCCAAUUCCAAACCCUAGCUCCAAUUUCUCCUUCUUCAUCGCCCGAUGCUUCUCGAGCAAUGAUAACAACAAUGGUGGAAACAAUAAUAAGAGGAACAGUAAUGAUCAGCCAACCUCAACAACCGAUUUGUGGAAGAUUUCGAGGGAGAAUGAUCAGUCUGUGGACUCCGUCUUCGGAACUCUCGAAGGCAGCGAUUCAAAACCAGAGAAUGAGCCGUGGUUGAGAGCUUCGGCAGAUGGGGUUGAUACAGAGGAAGAUAUUUUCAAGGGCAUUGAUAAAGAGGUUAAGAUUGGUGAAGAAGAUUGGGCGACAGCUGAUGAUGAUUACAAGCCCUGGACUUUGGCGGAAGAAGAGAAAAGCGAGGUCGAUGUGUUCGAUAUAGGAGCUGAACUAUCAGAAAUGCGUGUUGGUGAUGGUGAUUCUGAUGAGAGAGUGGAGAUUGACAAGAGUGAACAAGUUAAAAAGCUUGAGGAGGAAGAGAAAAUGCUCUCUCUUGUACUCAAAGGUCCAAAUCGAGCAUUCGGUGACCUAGUUGCAGCAUCUGGUAUCACAGACGCAAUGCUAGAUAGUUUGAUUGCUCUGAAGGAUCUGGAUGGUGUUCAAGGAUUGCCUCCACUAAAAGAAAUAGAAGACAUUCGUUAUCUGAAAAAUACACGAAAAUCUACAAGAGCUGAAAUAGAGCGCCAGAAACAGGAAGAAGUUGCCAAUGCACGGGUGAGACAAGUAGAUGAAAAGGGAAGGGCUUAUGGAACUGGAAGAAGGAAAUGCAGUGUGGCCCGUGUUUGGAUCCAACCCGGUGAUGGUAAAUUUGUAGUUAAUGACAAAGAGUUUGAUGUCUAUUUCCCAAUGCUUGAUCAUCGUGCUGCUCUUCUUCGGCCUUUUUCUGAGACGAAGACUUUGGGUCUUUGGGACAUCAGUUGUACUGUGAAAGGAGGUGGUGUUACAGGUCAAGUGGGGGCAAUUCAAUUGGGGAUCAGCAAAGCCUUGCAAAACUGGGAACCUGAUCUGCGCACACCUCUCAGAGCGGUUGGUUUCCUGACGAGGGAUCCAAGAGUUGUAGAAAGGAAAAAACCUGGUAAAGCCAAAGCCAGAAAGAGCUUCCAGUGGGUCAAGCGUUGAUCGAUGGUUGGAAUAUCUUUAUUUGAACAAAGUUUUUGUACGACGCAUUGUGACAUUGUCUACUUGCAAUAAGUUGUUGAUAUCCUUUCAGCUAGCAUGGGCAUCUCUCGUGUAUUGUAGCUUGUAAGCCAGUCUUCUUACCCUAGUUCCAGCAUGACAAUGAAGAUUUUGUUGACCCGAAAUAUAUGAUCACUUGGAGCUAUUUUUGACCAGAGAAUUCUGUAUUUGAUUCUUUAUCUCUUCCUUGCUACUAUCUGAUGCCUUGCUUGAAGUCUUGCUCUUUACAGUGGCUCGUUUGCAAUUUGCCUUGUUUGGACAUUCAUAUAUUGGUGUUUUAUGGAAUUGAACGAAAAUUCAUCGAAUUUGAUUACUGGGAAAUUGCUUCCUUUACUUCAACGUCUAUUUAUUUGUUUA